AUGCCACAGUACAGUUUCAGUGACAUUCCUCACGUAGAGGCAAAAGUGGCUAUCAUCACUGGUUCAAAUGAAGGAAUCGGCAAAAUAACUGCACGUGAAUUAGUAAGAAAAGGUUGGCACGUAAUUAUGGCUUGUCGCAAUGAGAAGAAAGCACAAGAUGCUAUCCAGGAGAUACGAACACAAAUCGGUAAUAACGGUAAUAAUAAUUUAAAAUUAGACUUUAUUCAACUUGAUUUGGCAUCGUAUGACUCUAUUCACAAGUUUGUUGAUGAAUUUCAUCAACGUCACUUGUCUUUGCAUUUGUUAAUUAAUAAUGGUGGAACCUAUAUGCCCCCAUUUGCGUUGACAAACAACGGUCAAGAAUCACACUUUGGAGUCAACCAUCUCGGACAUUUUCUUCUCACAAAUUUAUUGUUGGAUGAUCUAAAAAAGAGUGUUCCGUCACGAAUCGUUAUUGUGACGAGUCGAUCUCAUAUGAGAUGUUCUAAUAUCGAAUUUGAUGAUGCAACAAGAAACAGACCCUACCCAAACACAGGCCUUGCCAGUUAUCGAGCACGUAAUGCAGCCUAUAGUCAGUCCAAAUUAGCCAAUAUGAUGUUUUGCAAAGAAUUAUCUGAACGUUUAGGAACACAUUCGAAACUCUUUUGCAAUGCAGUUCAUCCUGGAAUUAUCAGAACAAAUAUCUUUCAGUACGUCAAUAUACUUAAAAUUUUACUAUAUCCUUUCAUGCGAACAGUUGAAAAUGGCUCAAUGACCACGCUGUACGUAGCUACACAUCCUGAUAUCGAAACAAAAAAUAUUCAUGGCGCUUACUUCGUUCCAAGUAAACGUAUCCCGCCUCCUUAUAUUCGACCGGCAGAAGUCGAUCCAAAUCCAAUCGUACUAAACAAAACCGUAAGAGAAAGACUUUGGGAAUUGAGUAAACUUUUAACUGGUUUGACAUACACUGUUUAA